UAUAGCUCAGUGGACUAGACAGGGCUGCUAACUUUUCACCCGUGGAGAGAGUGUUGCAGCUGGAGUUUAGUAACGAGCUGUCAAAAUAUUCAUUCAUAAACUACACGGUUAACAGGCUUACAUUGCGUUCUGCUUUCUCCUGGCGUAUAAUGGAGCGGAUGAGGGGUGGGCGUCACACCCAGUUGGGCGUGGCAUGAGACGGGGACACAUCCGGGUGUCACAGCUACCAUCCUGCAACCCCCUCCACCCCACCCCAACCCCAUCAACAUGGCCUCCAGCUACCUGCACCCCUUCGAGGGCACAGGGGAGGUGAAGGAGGGCUUCCUGUGCCCGCUUUGCCUGAAGGACCUGCAGUCAUUCUACCAGCUCCAGGAGCACUAUGAGGAGGAACACUCCGGGGACGACAGACAUGUCAGGGGACAGCUCAAGAGUCUAGUCCAAAAGGCUAUGAAAGCCAAAGACAAGCUGCUGAAGAGGGAUGGAGAGGACAAGUCAGAGACAGGCAGCUAUGAGUCCUUCUACUAUGGCGGAGUGGACCCCUACAUGUGGGAGCCUCAGGAGCUGGGUGCCACCAGAAGUCAUCUGGACUUCUUCAAGAAGCACAGAGCUGCCAGGAUCGACCACUACGUCAUUGAGGUCAACAAGCUCAUUAUCAGGCUGGAGAAACUGACAUCCUUUGACAGGUUAAACAUAGAUGCAGGCAAGAUUAGAGCGAUUGAGAAGUCUGUUGUGUCGUGGGUGAGCGACUCUGAUGUCCCGUUCUGUCCCGACUGCGGGAACAAGUUCAACCUCCGGAACAGGCGACACCACUGCCGUCUCUGUGGCUCCAUCAUGUGUAAGAAGUGCAUGGAGUUUGUGCCCCUGCCUUUGGCUUACAAGCUGACCAGUGGGACACGGGAGGCCCUGAGUGUUCCAGGCAGCCCGGGCCAGUCCCAGUCCCCUCCAACAGGGGGUGGCGGGGGCAGCGUCAGCGGGAUGGGCUCCAGGAGGGGCAGCAUCAGCAGCCUGAGCAGUGUCACUUCCAUGCUGGAAGAGAAGGACGAUGAGAGGAUCCGCUGCUGCUGCCACUGCAUGGACACUCUGAUGAGGAGACAGCAGAAACUGAAGGAGAAGGACCACGUGCCUGACAUUGUCAAGCUCUACGAGAGGCUGAGGCUGUGCAUGGAUAAGGUGGACGAGAGGGCUCCAGAGUACAUCAGAAUGGCUGAGUCUCUUAAUGCUGGAGAGACCACCUAUAACCUGGACACGGCUGGUGGACUGAGAAUGGAAGUCCAGAAAUACUACGAACUGAUCGAUGCACUGAGUAAGAGGAUCUUAACACUGGGAAUGAAGGAGGAGCCACAGCCCCAUCCAAAGAAUCUCCAGCUGCAGAGGAUGGUCAGAUACACAGCCACACUGUUCGUCCAGGAGAAGUUGCUGGGUCUGAUGUCUCUGCCCACUAAGGACAAGUAUGAGGAGCUGAAGGAGAAGAGGAAGCAGGAGCAGGAGAAGAGGCUCGCCCAGGAGAGACUGGAGGCCCAGAAGAGAAGGCAGGAAUCGGAGAAGAACCGCCCGGCCGCCAGCACAAACGGGGAGCCUUCCCAGGCCCCCAGAGCCGCCCGCAUGACCAAAGCUGGGGGCUGGCUGCCCUCCUCAGACACCCUCCACACCCGCAGAGAGCUGGAGGACCCCAUGCUGCAGCAGAUAGACAAUAUCCAGUCGUUCCUGCGGCAGGCCAAGGCCGCCCAGAGGCAUGACGAGGUGGCCAUGCUGGAGGACAACCUCAGGCAGCUGCAGGAUGAGUACGACCAGCAGCAGACCCACCUGGCCAUCGCUCUGUCCCAGGAGGAGAGCCUACAACAGGAGGAGCUGCAGCGCCUGGAGGACAGGGAGAGGGGGAAGAUAAAGCACAGGGCUCAGAGCGAAGCCCCAGGAUCCACCCAGGCCACAUACACCUGGCAGGGCUCACUGAACUUAACUGAUACAGGGAGCCUCCAUAGGGAGGGAGAGGACGAGGAUGAAGAGUUGACCCCUAAAGCAGAGAGGAGCCCCCUGUCCAUGAGGGCCUUCCCUGCCCUAACGGACCAGGUUGAGGAGUCGCCCCCGCGGCUGAGGAGGCUGGGGGAAGAUGUAGAGGGACAGAACAGCGCCUCCCUCAACCCCUUUGAGGAGGAAGACUCCACCCCUGUGGAGGAGGAUCCGUCCAACCCGUUCUCCGAAGAGAUCCAGGCGGAGCACAAGGAGGUGGCUAAUGGGAAGAAGGAGUACAACCCGUUUGAGGAGGAAGUGGAGGGCGGGGAGCAAGGGCAGGCUGAGGGCGCCACAGGCAACCCUUUCGAAGAGGAGGAGAACGAUGAAGGUAACACUUUUAAAGAGGCUUCUGGGAGUACCCCGCCGGGAGCCUCGACCAAUCCCUUCGAGGGGGAGGAUGAGGUGGCGAUGCCAGAUGUUGACCUGAUCGAGGAGGAGUUGCUGCUGCAGCAGAUUGAUAACAUUCGGGCGUACAUCUUCGAUGCCAAGCUCAACGGGAGGCUGGACGAGGUAGAGCUCCUGUCAGAGAACCUGAGAGAGCUGCAGCGCACCCUGCAGGAACAGAAGAGUAAGACACACUGACAGAGACACCACCUCCUCCCAUUCUCCAUGCCAUCACCUGAUACUUACAACAGGGCUUCCCACCCAGGGCUAGAAGGCCAGUCCUGAGACUCUACAGUAGUUCCCUUUAAAGCUGGGAUCUGCAAAAGGUGAAAGAGUGCCACUGGUCGCCCCAGGUGCAUUUGUUAUUGUUUUUGUUUUUCAAAUGUAGGAGAUGAGCAUCCAUCAUCAUGAUAAAAACAAUUUGAAGUACAUACUCUGCUGUUAUAUCCAGAGGAGGCUGGUGGGAGUAGCUAUAGGAGGAUGGGCUCAUUGGAAUGGAAUGAUUUAGAACGGAGUCAA